ACACGAUGAAAAAAUUUCAACACAGAAACAGUAUCGAGAGAUUCAACACAUCUCAAUCUUCCCAUGAGUUUUAUUGGCAGAAUCCACCAACUCGGUAACCACCCAAGAAUAAAUUCACGACACCCAUUCAGAAUCUCCAGAAUCUGUGAUGCAAAUUCAUCAACAGUACUGAUCAGAAGAAGCUGUUUUUCCAGAGAUGGUGAUGCUUGAUCUGCGGGAGAAAGUCAGGGCUUUCGUCAACAACAGAUGGCUGGUGUUUGUGUGUGCAAUGUGGGUGCAGUCAUGGGCCGGGAUCGGGUACCUGUUUGGGAGCAUUUCGCCGGUGAUAAAGAGUGCCAUGGGGUAUAAUCAGAGGCAGGUGGCUAUGUUGGGUGUGGCCAAGGAUUUGGGAGAUAGUAUUGGGUUCGUAGCAGGGAGUUUAUGUGAGGUUUUGCCAAUCUGGGGAAUUAUGCUCAUUGGGGUGGUGCAGAACUUUGUUGGGUAUGGUGUGGUUUGGCUUGUGGUGACUCAGAAACUGCCCAGUUUGCCUCUGUGGGUGCUGUGCCUUUGUAUAUUUGUUGGAACAAAUGGUGAGACCUACUUCAAUACAGGAGCUCUGGUUUCAUGUGUGCAGAACUUCCCCAAAAACCGGGGUCCCGUUGUGGGCAUACUGAAGGGCUUUGCUGGGUUAAGCGGCGCAAUUAUUACUCAGAUAUACACUAUGAUCAAUGCCCCUAAUGCAGCCGCACUUAUUUUCAUGGUUGCAGUCGGGCCAUCUAUGGUAGUCAUUGCUCUGAUGUUUAUAGUUAGACCUGUGGGAGGUCACAAACAACUUAGGCCCUCUGAUAGUUCAAGCUUCUUAUUUACCUUCAGUCUUUGCCUCAUCCUGGCUGCUUAUCUGCUGGGGGUCUUGCUGCUUGAGGAUCUAGUUGGUUUGAGCCAAGCUCUAGUCACAUUGCUCACUGUUCUUCUGAUCGUUAUAAUAUUGCUUCCAGUUGUAAUUCCCAUCAUAUUAGUCUUUUUCUCUGGACCAAUAGCUCCAUCAGAGGAGGCCUUUCUCCCUGAGCCUCAGAAACAAGAGUCCGGCAAGUCUGAGCAGGAUGGGGAAGAGGUCAUUCUCAGUGAGGUCGAAGACGAGAAGCCGGUGGAAGUUGAUUCACUUCCAGCAUCCGAAAGGCAUAAGCGAAUAGCCCAGUUGCAAGCCAAGCUCUUCCAAGCAGCUGCAGAAGGAGCUGUGAGGGUGAAGAGGAAACGAGGACCGCGCAGAGGAGAGGAUUUUACCUUAAUGCAGGCACUAAUAAAGGCUGAUUUUUGGCUCAUCUUCGUAUCCCUUCUACUAGCUGCUGGAUCCGGCUUGACAAUUAUUGACAACAUGGGCCAGAUGUGUGAGUCUCUGGGGUACAGCGAUACGAGCGUAUUUGUCUCCAUGAUCAGCAUUUGGAACUUCCUGGGACGGGUUGGGGGCGGCUACUUCUCUGAAAGUAUUGUAAGAAACUUCGCCUUCCCAAGACCAGUGUCAAUGGCAAUGUUUCAAGUCCUCAUGUCAGUUGGGCUGCUCUACUACGCCUUAGCCUGGCCUGGGGCGAUAUACGUCGUGAGCGUCCUAAUAGGACUAGGCUACGGUGCCCACUGGGCAAUUGUCCCUGCAGCAGCCUCAGAGCUCUUUGGUUUGAAAAGCUUCGGGGCAUUAUACAACUUCCUCACACUGUCAAGUUCUAUUGGUACUCUCAUAUUCUCUGAGGUCAUUGCCAGUGGCAUAUACGACCACUACGCAGAGAAACAAGCUGCCCUCAAGCAGCAUAGCUUGGGAGCCAUGGCUGGUCUGCCUCUUGGAAAAGAUGAAUCAUUGAGUUGUGAAGGGUACAUAUGCUAUUCCAUCACUUGUGGCGUCAUGUCAGGACUCUGCCUUGUUGCAGUUGUGCUGAGCUUGAUUGUCGUUCAUAGGACCAAAAGUGUUUAUGCCAAUCUCUAUGGAAGAUCUCAGGCAUGAGCAAUUAUAUGAUUUUCAUAGUUCCGUCAUCUUCGGAAGCAGGGCUAAAGACAAGGUGGUUCAAUUCAAAUUGAAGCCAUAAAUGGCUUCUUCCUUGAAUGUAGCUUCAUUGCAGUGACCUCCAUUCUUUUGGCUAUUAAAUUCUUUAGUUUCAACGUCCUAAAAAUAUAGAUUUUCCUUCUUUUUUUGGUCCCUUUUUUUAUCAAAGCGUUCAGUUCAGCCAUCUGGAGAAGAUGAGCAUGGUCAUGGUAUUGUAAUAUUGAUUUGCAACUUGACUUAUAUAUGGGAAAUAAUGAAACAAAUUCUAUUUUUCUUUUCUUUC